AUGGAGGCAGCCCUGAAGCGCGACCACGAUGGCGAUUGGUCCGAGGCGACACCUGCAAGCACAUCCUUUGCCGCCCUGGGUUGCGCCGAUGUCACCUCUUGGGGCCCAAUCCCCGUUCCUAUUUCGGGCUGCAGCGUCCACACCUUCGCAUCUCCAAGCGCCGGCAAACUUCUGGUCUGCCGCCCGUCAGAUGCAGGCCUAGGGGUCGGCGGGGGGUGCCAGCAGUAG